CAAGGUUCUUUUGCUCACGUAGAAAAGUCAAAUUUUUUUCUCUGAACGGCAACCGUCAGAUUAAUUUGCAACAAUCCUGUCUCGUCGACCGGUAGAAAGGACUAUUCAGCUGAGUCUCACUUUAAAGGAAUAUAAUGAUUAAGAAGCCUCCAGGUGUUUUGUCCCUCCAAAAUGUUUAUAUCAUUGGCACUUGCUUUGCUUUUGUGACAUGCUUUUCCCCACCAGGUUGCCCUUGUCAAGCAAAUACAGCCUACAAAUGCCCAGUACUGCCAAAGAGAAAUUGCGAAGUGGUUUAUGAUUAUUGCGGCUGUUGUCCACAAUGUGCUCUUGCCCUGGGUGAAAGAUGCCAAGAGUUCGGAACUGUAUGCCAAACUGGACUAAUUUGCCUUUGGGAUCGAUUCUGGUAUGAUGAACCUCUGUCUGGAAAAUGUUGGUAUAGAGGAUACGCCAGGAAAAUUCUGUCCAAUUCUUCGUUGACUGCGGGGAACAAGUUGAACUCGUCAACUGCGCAGCCCAACACGCCAAAAUAUGUGACUGCUGCUGCCGCUGCUUCUGCUGCUACAUCUACUGCUGCCAUUGCAGCGCACAAUCCGUCAAUUAAUAAUGAACCUAUUGCCGCUAUAACUACUACUACUAAGACAACUAAUUUUCCCACUACAUCUGCUGCUACAACAAGCUUUCAAAGGCAUUUCAAAAAGAAACCGCCGGCGAUCCAUUACCGACCUUCAAAAUGGGCGUAUUUAGUGAGACGAUUUGGGCCGAGGGAAGAUUUAAACUAGAAGAGUAUUGACCUACACUCAAUUUUUCUGAUAUGAAUUUUGACUUCAUCUACUAUGCAUUCUUCAGUAACCGUAUAUAAAUAAUGGACUAUAUACCGUCAUAUAUCAUAUAUAUUCGUAUAUUAUAUUCAUAUCAAUAUUUAUACAUUUAGCGGCCUUUUGCCAUUUAAAGAAUUUUCAGUAUUUAUACAUGCAUAAUGGCAUAAACGUAGAGAAAGAAGCAAAAAGAUUACAUUAUAAUUUCGUUUCUUAUUUGAACCAAUCCUGCUGUUAAAUCAACUGAAAAUAU